GCAGAUUCAUAUGGAGUACCACUGCUGCUACGCAAUAGUAUGGACACGCGUAACGGUAGACUAUUAUGGAUGAGAUGUUGGGCAACGCAAUUGAUUCAUCGAUCAUGAAACUUUAGUUUAUAUAGCCUGAACUGAAACAGAUGGAUGCUUUUUGCAAAUAAUGCUUUUAAUUUCCAUCGACCCAUAUGACAGCUUUUAAGUUAAGCGGCGAUGUUUCCAAACGCCUCGAACAGCGCAACAAUGUCACCACAUCUCCAACAUAUGAGAAUCUGGACUUUAUUUUAUGCUGUCGAGAUUUUAACAGUCGCGUGCUGUUGCAGUGCCGUAAUAACGCGAGACGGCUAUGAUAAAACGCCAUUUUGCCAACUUAUACAAGCGGACCGCGGGCGUUUCGAGGUGAGUUUUCUGAGCCAUCAGACGGACUCCUCAGCAUCACUGCGCUUUUACUGGAGCAGGUGGACAUCGGAGCAAAGCGUUGAGGAUUGUUUCACGAGUACUGACGAGACUUUAAUCGCGCGUUAUUUGUCCAUGUGCGAACACCGGGAGCGCGCAAAGGACGCAGCGGAGAGGUUGCUUCACUUCAACUUAAGCGUGAUACUGGAAGAUGACAGCUUGUGUGAAUUUAAAAUCAAUCCGCUUAGCAGGUUUCCUUUUGGGCAAGCAAAUGUAAAUCAAAACCAAAGGAGCAUUAAAAUACGCCAGAAACGCGCACUUUUUGUUUUACCGGGAACCCUUUGGUGCGGCAGAGGCACGAGCGCCAACAACUAUGAGCAGCUGGGAAUGUUUGAGCAUGCAGACAGAUGUUGUAGGGAACAUGAUCAUUGUGAGCACAUUAUUCGAGCCUUCUCUGUGAACUAUGGUGUCUUUAAUUCCAAGCUCUUCACCAUCUCUCACUGUGACUGCGACCACAGAUUUAAACAGUGUCUUCUGGCUGGUAAUGACACCAUCUCCAACAUGGUGGGCUACAGUUUCUUCAACGUUCUUAAAAUCCACUGUUUCGAGUUGUCCCAAAGGAAACGAUGCACCCAGUUUAACUGGUUUGGAGCAUGCACAUCGGUUCAGAUAGCACCUGUGGCAGUAAUGAAAGACCCCACACCUUACAAUUCAACCGAUCUUAAUAAUGAAAGCAGUGACAUCACUGACCUGUCAUGCAAUAAAGAGCCAAUCAAAUCAUUGCAUAAUGGCAAACAAAGAACCUCUAAAUCUAAACAAAUGAGGUUGCAUAAGGAACAUAAAGCCUGCGAUUCAGUGAAGCAUGCAAAGAAAGACGCUUUCCAACAUCAAAGGUUUGUGAAAAAAUAUGACAAGAAGAAGAAAAUUCAGAAGACUUCACCUCGAAAAAGAAAGAAAGCUGUUCUGUCAAACUCGCACAUAACCUUGACCCCGUCACCCCGAACGCACGCAUCUGUGAUGAAUCAGCGGAUAUCUCUGAAGAACAAACUGGAAAUUGUUCUUCAAAACAUUGAGAGAGCAUUGAAGGCAAGAGUCACUCCUUCACCAUCAUCAGUAUCUGUAACAAAAUCACUCCUGAUUCAAAAGACAUCAAACGCUCCAUCAAAACAAACAUCAAUAACUAAAUCGAGUCUUCAAAGAAAGAAAAACAAGGGAAAAUCUGUAAAAUCCAGAAAGCCAAAGAAGUUUAAACCUUAUGCUCCCUUUAAUCCAUCAAGAGGAGAUCAUUUCCAACAAAAACAUCACAGAGGAAAAAAUACUUGAGAUCUUCAUUCAGUCUAUCCCUGUGUGGCACAUUGUGUUUUUACGUAUCAGCAGAAGAGAUUGUGGGCCUUCUUUAAAAAAAUCUUGUUAUAGUAAAAUAACUAAAAGGGUCAUUGAUAUACAGUUAGACUGUUUACCAGACGCCAAAUAAUAAAAAUAUACAAUCUGAUUCAUUUACAAACAUUACAUUUUAAAUGUACCGUCAGCCGGAAAUGUGACGCUCCUUACCAUGUUUGGAGUAUUAGCUCACAAUGCAAUACUGACAGGAGUUAAUAUUGUCUUUACUACCUUUUCAAUACGAGCCAAAUUUGAUCCAGAAAAUGAGGAAGUAAACUGUUGCCUACAAUCUGUGGUUUGUUGUAGUCCAAGAAAAGAGAUUUAUCUUGUUGAAAUUGUUUAACUUAAUUUUAUAAAUAAAUGUUGCUUAAUAUAUGCUGAUUUGACAAAAAAAUAUUUUUUUACAGUGCAGAUACAAUCAGACAUAUAUACAUAAUGUACAAAAAAUCAUAUUUUUAUCUAAAAACAAAUUUUUGGUAUUUUCUUAUUGUAUUUUUCACUCAUACAGUAUUUAUUUUCUUGAAAUAUUUUUUUUCCAGGUAAUGUAUUAUAAUCCACAUGCUUCUUGCACAUUUAUGUUGCUUCAGUCGUGGUAUCCAAUGGACAUGAAAAAAAUCUAUGAAAAAAUCUAUGAAAUUUUUUUUAAUUGGAGGAUAAUUAAAAUUAUAAAAAAUGCACCCUGGAAAAAAUCAGGUCUGCAGUGGUUAA